AUGGAUGCAGUUCUUAAAAAUGGACCUUGGUUCAUUGCGGGACAUUUUUUAUCCAUCAAGCCAUGGGAGCCUUUCUUUAAGCCGGAUUGCGCUAGUGUUUCGUCCAUCGCAGUCUGGGUUAGACUUCACGCAUUACCUAUGGAGCUGUAUAAGGCGGAAGUGCUUAAAAAAAUUGGUGAAGCUAUUGGGAGAGUUCUUCGGAUUGACUCGCAUACUGCCAUGGAAGCUAGAGGGAGGUAUAUGAGGCUUUGUAUUCAGCUAGAUAUUACUAAGCCGCUUAUUAACACUGUGCUCAUUGGAAGACUUGAACAGCCUGUGAUUUACGAAGGGAUUCAUAGCCUUUGUUUCUCAUGCGGGAGGAUUGGGCAUUGGAAGGAAGCUUACCUGGUCACCAUUAAAAAACCAGAGAUGCCGGCGGAGGGUGGUUCUAUUGGUUGCGGUGUAGAGAAGAGUUCGUACCAAGGAGCGUAUCAACGUGGCAUGCAUGACUCGCACAGCUCUGGUACAGGUAGUGGAGCAUCGAAUGACAGAGGUGCUGACACUGAGGAGGACAGGUACGGCCCUUGGAUGCUUGUGGCACGUAGAAAACCUGUGCAGAAACGAACAAAUGCUAAAGGUAAUUCUGAGAACCACUUUAAUCAUGGAUUGGGCCAGUCUGUUAACGGGUUUAGGCAUGAGCCGAAAGGAAAUUCAUGGGGCUGA